AUGUUUAACAAGCUGUCCAAUGGUGCGCCCUUAACCAUCCACUGCAAAUCGAGGGACGAUGAUCUCGGGAAACACGUAUUAGGGGCGGGCCAGAGUUACUCGUUUCAAUUUAGGGUUAAUAUCUUUGGCAGCACGCUUUUCUUCUGCGGGGCAUCGUGGCAGGGCGGGCAGAUUAAGUUCGAGAUCUACAAUACCGAUAGGGACGACUAUGGCAGGUGCAAUGAGUACUGCCAGUGGGAGGCGAGAGAUUAUGCUAUCGUGGGAUUCAAGGAAGGUGAAAGUAAAAGCUACGACAUUUCUCUUCCUUGGCACCAUUAA